AUGUCCCGCCAUAGGGUCAAGUCUCUCGAUUACGACGACGAUGAUUUCGAAGAUGAAUACGAUGAGGUGGAUCCUGAAGAACAAGAGCAGCUCGAGGCAUAUACAAAUGAGGUUAUGAGUGCGCUUCAAACAGGGCAACCGCCGGUGACUGCAUCGCGACAAGAGGCUCAAGAAGCUCUGUGGCAUUACUACAACGAUGUAGACAAAUCAGUGAACUACAUACGCAGUAAAAAGCUUAAGGACAUCAAGAAAAGGGAAACGACAGCCUCCACAAAGUCGACGACUGGAGCAGUAUAUCCCGUGGAUACUUUCAUACCUCGAUGUUCUUCACAUUUUUCAGCUGCAGACUUCUUCCGUGAUGCUCCAUGGUUGAACAUUCCCCAUGACCGAAAGGCAGAUAUAAUCGUGGAGCCCUUGUACCCGCGAUUGGGUUUACUUGGAGGCGCGGCGGAAGGCAAGAUGUCCAAGUUAGCUGCUCUCGCAGCAGCGCGGAAGAAGAAGGACAGCGAAAAAUUGAAUACUAUCCAACAAUCAAUAAACACGGAAGAGUGUGAAAAAAAACCUACGCAACGCUCGUUGUCUGAAAGAUUAUCCUCCAGAGUAUCUGAAAAGACGGGAGGUGGACUUUCGGCUCUUAAUAAGGGCAGUCGCCUUGGAGGCCGUCUUUCAAAGCCAGGAACCCCUUCUGUUGCCCAAGAACGUGGCAAAGUUCCUGUCGCUGAGCAACCCCUGAAUGAGGAGAAACUUGUAUCAGAAAUAAAUAAACGGGAGCUUGAAGAGAACGUCAAUAUACGAGCGCCUCCUUCGACUUUCGCAGUUGCAAUCGUUGGGGAUGAAAACUAUCUAUCCACACCUGAGCCUCGCCACCUACCCGGCAGCAGUUUUGACGUUAUGCAAGUUUAUGGACAGAGUUUGACUGAAGCCUUUGACUUUGCAGGACCCAGUCCCGACGAUGUUGUGAUUAAUGCGCAGGGUGCAUCCAAAGGCCUCAAGUCAACGCAGGCUGCAUCAUCAAAAGGCCCCAGAGAUAAGAAAAACCAAGGCGAUUUGUCCGGUAACUUGAAAGCCUUGAGUGUGGAAGAACCAGUGAGGGUCAAAAGUAAAAACCUCGACGUCUUAGCAGAAUACGAAAAGUCACGGCAGAAGAAGGCCGCAAAUUUUGUGGUAAUUGGCCAUGUAGAUGCUGGUAAGAGCACGCUGAUGGGGCGCUUACUUGCUGAUUUAAAUGCCAUCGACAAGAGAACGAUGGAAAAAUAUCGCCGAGAGGCUGAGAAGAUUGGCAAAGGAUCCUUUGCCUUCGCAUGGGUGCUAGAUCAAGGUUCAGAAGAACGUGCACGAGGUGUGACCAUAGACAUUGCAACAAACCAGUUUGAAACCGACAACACUCGAUUUACAAUUGUUGAUGCGCCGGGCCACCGCGAUUUUAUACCCAAUAUGAUAGCUGGUGCAAGUCAGGCGGAUUUUGCUGUGCUUGUAAUUGACGCCGGUACCGGCAAUUUCGAGUCAGGCCUUAAAGGACAGACCAAGGAGCAUGCCCUUCUAGUACGGAGUAUGGGUGUUCAAAAGGUGGUGGUUGCUGUCAACAAAAUGGACACAGUCUCCUGGUCGAAAGACCGGUUUGAUGAGAUCGAACAACAAGUCUCAUCUUUCUUGACAACGGCAGGGUUCCAGGCUAAAAACUUGUCAUUCAUCCCCUGCUCUGGAUACCAUGGUGAUAAUAUUACUAGACGCAGCGAAAACCCUAAUGCAGCCUGGUACACUGGGUCUCUUCUAAUAGAAGAACUCGAAACAUCAGAGCCUUUCUCUCACGCCCUCGACAGACCACUGCGUAUGACAAUCGGUGACGUGUUCCGAGGGGGUGUUCAAAACCCCCUCUCAAUAUCUGGACGUAUCGAUGCGGGCAGUUUACAGGUGGGCGAUUCCCUGUUGGUCAUGCCUAGCGGGGAGUCAGCUUUGAUCAAGGGCUUGGAAAGGGACGGAGAACCUGGUGAUUGGGCAGUAGCAGGCCAAAAUGUCAUACUUCACCUUGCGAAUAUCGACCCGAUCCACCUGCGAUCAGGCGAUAUUGUGUGCAGCCCCGUCUCGCCGAUUCAAAACGUACAAAGCUUUACUACCAAGGUGCUGGCGUUUGAUCACUUGAUGCCAAUGCAGAUCGAUGUACACCGUGGCCGGCUACAUGUCUCGGGUCGUAUCAGCCGUCUAGUCGCCACGUUGGACAAGGGCUCAGGGGUUGCCAUCAAAAAGAAACCGAAAAUUGUUUCUCCCGGCACCAUUGCAAGGAUUGUGGUAGAGAUAGAUCAACCCGCGCCCCUGGAAGCACCAUCCAGAGUUGUUCUUCGUGCAGCUGGAGAAACGGUAGCGGCUGGAUUGUUAGAGUAG